CAGCGGAAGUGCGGAAAGUGUCGGGAAAUUGCAAUACAUCUAAAAUCCUAAUAACUAAUUAAGACCGAGUGAUAAUAUUAAAAAGAAAAUGUCGCGAAAUCAAUUGCCAGACUCUUCCUCUUCGCCACCCAUAAGUCAUUUACCCUUUCACAACUUCGACGAUGACUUGAUCAACGAUCUGCCCUCCUGCAUUUAUGCGGGCCAGCAUCAGGGCGGUGGCGCCACCGGAGGAGGUAAUAGUGGAUCAGGAGGAGGAGGCGGCAACUCCGGACUGCGACUCAGCUCGAAUAAUCUUCGGCAUAUUCAGCAGCACUAUAUGCAGCACAGUGGAGAGAACCUCCUCGAUUCGUCUACUAAUUCCAUGGGAGUCCACAAUUCCGGUGGCGGCCAACCCUUGAUGUGCAAUAGCCCUAGUGCCAGCAGCAGCGGAGGAGGCGGCGGCAAUGGAGGAUCAACUACUCCAGGCGGCGGUGGAGGCCCCAAUCCUGGUUACGGAUCCGUGGGAGGUACCACAGCGUCCAGCUACAAAAUGCAGCGACAGGCGGCCAAUGUGCGGGAAAGGAAACGCAUCCAGAGGUCCGCCCCAACUGGGUACACCAAAUGUAGCAUAAAUUCAGCUUUCGAUGAGUUGAGGGUCCAUGUGCCCACUUUUCCGUACGAGAAACGUCUCAGCAAGAUUGACACUCUUCGCCUGGCCAUCGCGUAUAUAUCCUUGCUCCGUGAGGUUCUUCAAACUGACUACGAUCCUUUAACCUAUGUGGAAAAGUGUCUCCGAGGGGAGAUAAAAGCUGAUCGGGCCAAUUGGAACACGAGUGAUCUAACUGCUCGUCUUUCGUGGAUCAACUGGGAGAACCUGGGUGUUCAUCCCGGCAGGCGAACUCUGCUCACUUCGUUGGCUUUAUCCUCGGAACCUCUGUGUGGAGCCCACUGCGGAAUGCCAUAAGCGUAGAGAGAAAAAUUU